AUGACAGACUUGUUUGACGAGACCACGGCCAGCUUCCUGAGCUGGUUCAAACAGCUCCCCGGCGCAACCUUUUCUGAUGCCAUAGCCAUCCAGGACCUACGCAGCCGCAGCGCCGGUCGCGGCAUCAUCGCGCUCCGAGAUAUCCCCGCCGAGACGGUGCUCUUCACCGUCCCGCGCGCCUCCAUCAUCAGCGUCGAGACCUCCGCGCUGCGCACCCACCUGCCCGCGCUCUUCUCAUCCGUCAACCCGUCCAACAACGGCGCCGACGACGACGGCGAGGACGCCGACCCCUCCUCCUCCGCGCGCCUCGAUGCCUGGGGUGCGCUCAUCCUCGUGCUGCUCUACGAGCACCUGCGCGGCGCCGCCUCCGCCUGGCGGCCGUACCUGGACGCGCUGCCCUCCUCCUUCGCCACGCCCAUGUUCUGGGCGCCCGCGGAGCUCGCCGCGCUGCAGGCCAGCGCCACUGUCACCAAGGUCGGCCGCGAGGCCGCCGACGACGCCUUCCGCGGGCUGCUGCUGCCGGCGGUGCGCGCGGCCCCGGACGUGUUCGCGGGCAGCGCGGAUAUGUCGGACGACGAGCUCCUGGCGUUGGCGCAUCGCAUGGGCAGCACCAUCAUGGCCUACGCGUUUGACCUGGAAAAGGACGAGGACGAGGAUGACGAGGAUGGCGAGGACGGGUGGGUGGAGGACCGCGAUGGGAUGGCCAUGAUGGGCAUGGUGCCUAUGGCCGACAUGCUCAACGCGGACGCCGAGUUUAAUGCGCACGUCAACCACGGCGACGACGAGCUCACCAUCACCGCGCUCCGCCCCAUCAAGGCCGGUGAGGAGAUCCUCAACUACUACGGCCCGCACCCCAACUCGGAGCUGCUCCGCCGCUACGGCUACGUCACCGAGCGCCACGCACGCUACGACGUCGUCGAGAUCCCCUGGGAGAUGAUCGAAGCCGCCGCCGUCUCCCACCUCGGCCUCCCCGAGUCAGCCUGGGCCAAAGUUCGCGGCCACCUCGACGAGGACGAGCUGGAGGAUACUUUCGUUCUUGAGCGCGCAUGCCCCGAAGUCACUCCCGAAGGCACCUUCCCCCCUGCCGACGCCGACGCCGACGGCGCGCCGCGCUUCGCGGGCCUGCCGGGCGACCUCGAGCAACAGCUCGGCGACUUCCUGCGCGCCGCGCGCGCGGUCGACCUCACGCUGCCCGCCCCGGACAAGCGCAGGCGCGAGGAGCUGCGCGCGGCUAUUGUGGCGAGCGCCCUUACCACGCUCGAGGCCCAGUACCCGACGACGCUCGCGCAGGACGAGCAGCUGCUCGCGGAUGCCGGCGCGGCGGUGGCGGGCGACAAGGAGCGCAUGGCGCUGGUGGUGCGCGUCGGCGAGAAGAGGUUGCUGCGCGAGGCCAGGGCGUUUCUGGAAGCGGCGGCGGCGGCGUCCCAGCAGCAGCAGGAGCAUGGCGGCGCGAGUCCCAUGAAGAGGCCCAGGCUCGAAUGA